GGAACAUAUACGGAGGGUAGAACAAAAUACAGACCAUCUUACAUUUCUUAAAAACCCACUGGUUUGAAAGAUUCUAUUACUUCUGGAGGCAUCCCCUACGUCUAAAAUGGGAAUUCUAUCAGAACAGCUCACUGGAAAAAAAACCUUUCUUCCCUGAGAGGGUAUUGAAACAUCAACCGGAACACCAAUUGUGCCUGAAAUAAUAGCCUUUAAAAAGAAGACUACAUGGAGCUUCCAGAAUGUUAUUACCCAGACCUUAACCUCACGUGCAACGAUUACAAUGAGAAUGAACAUUUUCUCAAGGCCAGCAAAAUCUUUCUGCCCUGUAUGUAUGCAUUAGCUUUUGCCUUUGGGCUGAUAGGGAAUUCUUUGGUCCUUAUCAUAUACAUUUUCUGUGAGAAACUGAAGACACUGACAGAUGUAUUUUUAGUGAGCUUGGCUACAGCAGACUUGCUUUUCCUUUCCACCUUGCCAUUCUGGGCAUAUUCUGCUGCUCACGAAUGGAUUUUUGGCUCCUUAAUGUGUAAAAUUAUACGGGGCCUGUACACUUUGAAUCUGUACACUUCAAUGUUAACCCUCACUUGUAUAACUAUUGACAGGUUUAUUGCUAUUGCCCAAGCCACAAAAGCCCACAUGCGUCAAGCCAAAAGAAUGGUUUGGGGGAAAGUCAUCUGCAUUUUAGUUUGGGUGGUUUCACUAGUAUUUGCAAUACCACAAUUUAAAUACAGUACACAAUCGAACUAUGAUAAGUCAGUCUGUCAUGCAGUAUACCCUUCACAUCUCAUAGAACUGGCUUUUAAAGUAAUCCAAAUGACCCUUGGAUUCUUUAUCCCCAUGCUAACCAUGAUUAUCUGCUACUCAAUAAUUAUCAAAACUUUACUUCAUGCCAGGAGUUUCCAAAAGCACAAAUCCUUAAAAAUCAUAUUUUCCAUAGUAGUGGUGUUCAUUCUUACUCAGUUACCCUACAAUUUACUGAUACUCAUACGCAAUAUACAUGUGGAAUUCAACCUGGACUACAAUUUCGACUCUGCGGUGGUCAUAACAGAAGCAAUUGCUUAUCUCCAUGGCUGUCUCAACCCCGUUCUGUAUUUCUUUAUUGGGGUGAAGUUCAGGAAGAACUUCCAGAAAAUCAUUAAGAACAUCACAUGUGUUAAGCGCCAAGGUAUCGUGAAGCAAUGGCAAACCACUGAAGAGGAGGGCUCGAAAACUUGUACCGCCUCACCCAAUGUAGAAGCAACAAGCAUGUAUCCAUUAUAAAAACUGCAUAGAGGGUCACAGCUUUGUUAAUUUUAAAAUGUACUCACAGUCAUGAAAGGGCUUAUGUAACAGCCACAUUAGACUGAUAUAGUACAAGUAGGCUACAUGUAAGCUUCCCAUGCAUCUCAGUCCUGACAUUGUAGCACUCCUGCUAUUCCUGAGCAAAGACUGGUAACUGGGUGAAACUCUGCAGUAGUUUUAUGAUGGGCAUACAUAAAGGUUUAAGGAUGAGAUCAUCAAACUCUUUCAUGUGUGAUCUAAGGCUGGGUUUGAACUCAGGGUUGCAGCGAUGGAAAGCUAAUGUAUUAGCCCUCUGGACAGUUAGUCUCCCAGGAGGGAUGUUUGUAAGCAGAAAAGACAUUUAAGAGCUUUAUUUUAAAGAGGCUAAGAGAAAAGUUGUAGUUUGUUGUGACUUUUAACCUGACUUUUUAUAUUAAAAUGUAAUUUGUUUAAAUGCUCAA